GUUGAGGCAGGAGCUGAGGAGUGGAAUGCUGAGCUGAGCAAAGCUGGGAGGUGCCCCCCUGGCUCAGUCAUGGCGAAGCUGGAGACGCUGCCUGUGCGCGCUGACCCAGGGCGGGAUCCUCUCCUGGCCUUUGCCCCUCGGCCCUCUGAGCUCGGACCCCCAGACCCUCGCCUGGCCAUGGGCAGUGUGGGCAGCGGGGUGGCCCAUGCCCAGGAGUUCGCCAUGAAGAGUGUGGGCACCCGCACGGGGGGUGGGGGCAGCCAGGGCAGUUUCCCCGGCCCCCGUGGCAGCGGUGGUGGGGCCAGCAGGGAGAGACCAGGCCGCUACCCCUCCGAAGACAAGGCUCUCGCCAACUCCCUCUACCUCAACGGCGAGCUGCGGGGCAGCGACCACACCGAUGUCUGCGGCAACGUGGUGGCCAGCAGCGGGGGCAGUAGCAGCAGUGGGGGCAGUGACAAGGCCCCGCCGCAGUAUCGCGAGCCCAGCCAUCCACCUAAGCUCUUGGCCACCUCUGGCAAGCUAGACCAGUGCUCAGAGCCGCUAGUCAGGCCUUCGGCCUUCAAGCCCGUUGUACCCAAGAACUUCCACUCCAUGCAGAACUUGUGCCCCCCGCAGACCAAUGGUACUCCUGAGGGACGACAGGGUCCUGGUGGUCUCAAGGGCGGACUGGACAAGUCUCGGACCAUGACCCCAGCGGGCGGGGGUGGGGGCGGCCUCUCAGACUCAGGCCGGAACUCGCUCACAAGCCUGCCCACCUACAGCUCCAGCUAUAGCCAGCACCUGGCACCCCUCAGUGCCUCCACCAGCCACAUCAACCGCAUCGGCACUGCCAGCUACGGCAGUGGCAGUGGCAGUGGCAGUGGCGGCGGCGGCGGCAGCUCGGGCUACCAGGACCUGGGGACCUCUGACAGCGGGCGUGCCUCCAGCAAGAGCGGGUCGUCCUCCUCCAUGGGGCGGCCAGGCCACCUGGGGUCGGGGGAGGGCGGAGGUGGAGGCCUGCCGUUCGCGGCCUGCUCACCCCCCUCGCCCAGUGCCCUGAUCCAGGAGCUCGAGGAGCGGCUGUGGGAGAAGGAGCAGGAGGUGACAGCUCUGCGGCGGAGCCUGGAGCAGAGCGAGGCCGCGGUGGCCCAGGUGCUGGAGGAGCGGCAGAAGGCGUGGGAGCGCGAGCUGGCGGAGCUGCGGCAGGGCUGCAGCGGGAAGCUGCAGCAGGUGGCCCGCCGCGCCCAGCGCGCCCAGCAGGGCCUACAGCUGCAGGUGCUGCGGCUGCAGCAGGACAAGAAGCAGCUGCAGGAGGAGGCCGCCCGGCUGAUGCGGCAGCGGGAAGAGCUGGAGGACAAGGUGGCCGCCUGCCAGAAGGAGCAGGCUGACUUCCUGCCCCGGAUGGAGGAAACUAAGUGGGAGGUGUGCCAGAAGGCGGGGGAGAUCUCCCUCCUGAAGCAGCAGCUGAAGGACUCGCAGGCCGACGUGUCCCAGAAGCUGAGUGAGAUCGUGGGGCUGCGCUCGCAGCUGCGGGAGGGCCGGGCCUCGCUGCGGGAGAAGGAGGAGCAGCUGCUCAGCCUGAGGGACUCCUUCGGCAGCAAACAGGCCAGCCUGGAGCUGGGCGAGGCAGAGCUGCCCCCGGCGUGCCUCAAGCCCGCCCUGACCCCCGUGGACCCGGCCGAGCCCCAGGAGGCCCUGGCCACGUGCGAGAGCGACGAGGCCAAGAUGCGCCGGCAGGCCGGGGUGGCCGCCGCCGCCUCGUUGGUUUCCUUGGACGGGGAGGCUGAAGCUGGCGGGGAGAGCGGGACGCGGGCCCUGCGGCGGGAGGUGGGGCGGCUGCAGGCCGAGCUGGCGGCCGAGCGGCGAGCCCGGGAGCGCCAGGGGGCCAGCUUCGCGGAGGAGCGCCGCGUGUGGCUGGAGGAGAAGGAGAAGGUCAUCGAGUACCAGAAGCAGCUGCAGCUGAGUUACGUGGAGAUGUACCAGCGCAACCAGCAGCUGGAGCGGCGGCUGCGGGAGCGCGGGGCAGCGGGGGGUGCCAGCACACCCACCCCCCAACACGGCGAGGAGAAGAAAGCCUGGACGCCCUCCCGCCUUGAGCGCAUUGAGUCCACGGAAAUCUGAUCCCCUACCUGGGCAUGUGGCCUUUUGACAAAUGCCCUGUCAAAGGCCAAGAGUCCCCAGUGUCCCCUUCCUGCCAUUUCUCUUCCCCAUGUUCCCCAUACCCCCAGACCAAAGAGGUUCUCAAAGCAGCUGUGACCAGGUCCCUCCCCACCCCCCACUGGGUGCCCUUAGGGCUCUACCACUGGCCCUCUGGGCAGCCCUCUUGGA